AUGCCAAAGCAGCGUCUGUCUGCCGCGGUCUUGCCACCACCCUCUUCUCCUCUCCCCAUCUUCUUCUUUCCCAGCCUCUUAUUCUCCACCAUCUUCUUGUGGCCUCCAUCUCCCCACCUUCUUCUCGCAGCAGCGUCUUCCUGCCGCGCUUUUCUCCCCACUGUCUUCUCCCCGCGCCGUCUUCUCCCUUCACCGUCUUCUCCCCGCGCCUUUCCCACAACCGUUUUCUACCCACCCGUUUUCUUCCCACAGCGUUUUCUUCCCGUGUCCUCCCACCGUCUCGCAGCAACGUCUCGUUUCCGUCUCCCCACCUUCUCCCAGCAGCGACUUCCUGCCGCGCUUUUCUCUCCCCGCACCCUCUUCUCCCCUCUUCCUCUCCCACCGCCUUCUCCCCCGAUCGUCUUCUCGCCCACUCCCUUCUCCGCGCUCUCCCACUGCCUUUCACUUAGAAGCCCUCCACGCAUGCGCGCGCCUGUGUCCCAGCGCCCGCAGCCGACUGGAGACCCCGGAGAGUCGCUGCCUGUGCCACCGCGGCUGCCCCCGCCCCCACCGCUACCUCAGAACUGA